UCUGCCCAAAAUGCCUUCCAGCCGUCGGAUGUGGCGGGCGCCCAGGGCGGCUGGGAAGUGGAGGGUAUCUGAAUCCGACAAACGGUCCCGACCUGCUGCCACAGCCGUAUCAAGAUUCUAGAAGAAGAAGAACAGAUUUUGUACUUUCCCGUCACCUUUGUAAUUGUAAUUACUUAGAUGACAGCCAACUUUCCCGGUACGGUGAUACUACAAAAGAGGGAUAAUUCUCUCGUUUCGUAUUCCUCACUGCCUCUUUUGAUGUCCACCCCCAAAUCUUCCUUGUUGGGGAGUCGGGAGUUCCAAGAGUCAGAAUGAAUGCUGCAUUGCCCACUUCUUACAGACCCAUCUUCAUCUUGUCUCCAAGAACUCUUCCUUCUCGCUCUAGAACCCUUAAGACCUUUCCUUCUCCCUCAAUCCCCUCGUCAUCACCUUCUUUCAUUGCUGGGAGUAGCUCGAGAAGCCCCAUUACUGAGAGGAACUUGGUUUUUUGGCAGAAAAGCAAAAUCCCAUUUGUUGGAAAUGCUGCUCAGUGUGUUGAUGGUGAUGAAGGUACUCAGCUCAUAAAACUAGAAGCUGUCUCGGGUAAUGUAUCAUCGGAGUAUUGUCCAGAUUUUCUUUCUGGGGGACUGGAAGUCACUUUUAAUCAAUUGAGCAAGUGGUUGGUCACUGCUGCUUUUGGUGCUUUCAUCCUUUAUAGGCAUGAUGCUGAAGCAUUGUGGGCUGCAAUGGGAAGUAUCGUAAAUGGCUGGCUCAGUGUUGCUCUGAAGAAAUUUCUCAACCAAAAGAGACCCAUUUCCUCUUUGAAGGCUGACCCUGGGAUGCCAUCUUCACAUGCACAAUCUAUCUUUUUUGCCGUCAUUUUUGUAAUACAAUCAUUGGUUGAAUGGCUGGGGAUCAAUGAAUUUACAGUAAUUAUUGGAACACUCGUAAUGGCUUGUGGCUCAUAUCUUUCAUGGAUACGUGUGUCUCAACAAUGUCAUACCAUCAAUCAAGUCCUUGUUGGCGCCUUCUUGGGUUCCUUCUUCUCCCUCUUGUGGUUUUGGUCCUGGGAUGCAAUUGUGGCCAAAGCAUAUAUUUCUUCUUUGUGGGUUCGGGUCGUUGUUGCACUGGGGAGCACUGGAUGUUGUUUGUCAUUUUUCUGCUAAUAGUUCGAAAGUGGCUUAAAGAAGAGCAGAGAACUUGUAUAUAAGAUUCAGAAUUAUAAGUUGAUAUGCAUUUGGAAACUGGGGAUAAGAUGAUGGUUGUACAUUACUAGUCUAAUAUUAAUAAAAAUAAAUAAAU